UUUCAUUAUUGAGAAAGAAAGAAAAAAGGAAAAAGAAAAAUAGAGGUGGACUGGACUCCCAGAUUCACGGCAACGCGGUCCGUAUUAUCCUAAAAUCGCCGCGCCUUCUUCUUUCUGUCAAUCUUCCUCCCUUUCCUCUCUUCACAAGCAAUUACAUAUAUUUACAAAAAAUAAAAAACACACUACCUACUAAAUCUUGAAUUAAUUAUUAUUAUUAUAUUCUUACAUAUCUAUAUCUAUACAUCAUUGCUCACCAACAAAUCUUUUGGAAUCCCAUAAUUAAUCAAUAUCUGCUGCUGUUUCUUGUUCUGUUUCAUUUUAGGAAAAAGGGGUGCAAUUUUGUUUUGUUUUUUUUUUAAUAAAACAAAAAAAAAUACAAAGGAAACAGAUUGAAUUGAAUAGAAUUGGAUGUCAAAAUUCGAGGGAGUAAUAGUAUCGGAUCAUUGGCUUCAAAGUCAGUUCACCCAAGUCCAACUUCGCACCCUUAAAUCCAAGUUUCUAUCUUCAAACAUCCAAAAUGGCCAAAUUAGCCCGUCAGAUUUGCCUCUCCUUCUUUCUAAAUUGAAGCCUUUUAUCGAUAUCUUCAAGGACGAUAUCGAUGAAAUCUCUCGUUUGUUAUCUCAAUCUGGCCUCGAUUUCUCCAAUGGAGUCGCUUUUGAAGCCUUCCUCAGGGCUUAUUUGCACUUGCAUUCUCAAGCUGCUGCCAAAUUGGGCAACUCCGAUAACUCUUCUUCGUUUCUUAAAGCGACGACCACAACUCUGCUUCACACCAUCGACGAGUCCGAGAAGCAGUCUUAUGUUGCUCAUAUCAAUAGCUAUCUUAGAGAUGAUCCCUUUAUGUCUCAGUUUCUUCCCAUCGAUCCGUCUACCAAUGCUUUGUUUGACCUUGCUAGAGAUGGUGUUCUUCUUUGUAAACUUAUCAAUGUUGCGGUGCCUAAUACGAUAGAUGAGCGCGCUAUCAACACGAAACGUGUGCUCAACCCGUGGGAAAGAAAUGAAAAUCAUACUCUUUGUCUCAACUCUGCCAAGGCUAUUGGAUGCACAGUUGUCAAUAUCGGCAACCAAGAUCUGGUUGAGGGAAGGCCUCAUCUUGUUCUUGGCCUUAUUUCCCAGAUUAUAAAGAUCCAACUUCUGGCUGAUCUCAACCUUAGAAAGACACCUCAACUUGUGGAAUUGGUGGAGGACAACAAUGAUGUCGAGGAGCUUAUGGGAUUAGCUCCUGAGAAAUUGCUACUAAAAUGGAUGAAUUUCCAUCUUAAGAAAGCGGGUUACAAGAAACCUGUUACAAACUUCUCGUCUGAUCUGAAGGAUGGAGAAGCUUAUGCUUACCUGCUUAAUGUUCUUGCACCAGAACAUUGCAGCCCAGCCACUCUUGAUACCAAAGAUCCUGCUGAAAGGGCAAAUCUGGUACUCGAACAUGCAGAGAAAAUGGAUUGCAAGAGAUACUUGGCUCCUAAAGAUAUCGUUGAAGGCUCCACAAAUUUAAAUCUUGCCUUUGUUGCCCAAAUCUUUCACCAAAGAAAUGGUUUGUCUACUGAUAACAAGAAGAUAUCUUUUGCUGAGAUGAUGACUGAUGAUGAACAAAUGUCUAGAGAUGAAAGAAGUUUCAGACUCUGGAUUAAUAGUCUUGGAAUCUCUUCAUAUGUGAACAAUUUAUUUGAGGAUGUCAGAAAUGGAUGGGCACUUCUAGAAGCUGUAGAUAAGGUUUCUUUGGGAUCAGUUAACUGGAAGCAUGCAACUAAGCCUCCUAUUAAGAUGCCAUUUAGGAAAGUUGAAAAUUGCAAUCAAGUUAUUAAAAUUGGGAAGCAGUUGAAGUUUUCACUCGUCAAUGUAGCAGGAAAUGACUUUGUGCAAGGGAAUAAGAAACUCAUACUUGCUUUCUUGUGGCAGUUGAUGAGGUUUAAUAUGCUCCAACUAUUAAAGAAUUUGAGAUCCCGCUCCUCCCAGGGGAAGGAAAUAACCGAUGCUGAUAUUUUAAAAUGGGCAAAUAAGAAAGUUAAAAACACUCAAAUGGAGAGCUUUAAGGACAAGAGUCUUUCAAAUGGUAUAUUCUUCCUUGAGCUUCUCAGUGCAGUCGAGCCUAGGGUGGUGAACUGGAACCUUGUAACGAAGGGUGAAAGUGAAGAGGAGAAGAAGCUGAAUGCAACCUACAUAAUUAGUGUUGCGCGAAAGCUUGGGUGUUCAAUCUUCUUGUUGCCCGAAGACAUCAUGCAGGUGAACCAGAAGAUGAUCCUUAUGCUUACAGCCAGCAUCAUGUACUGGAGCCUUCUGCAAUCAACUGAUGAUUCAGAAUCAUCUCCUUCAUCUAUUGCUGAAACUCCCGAAGCAUCUCCUGAACCUUCUGUGAACGGAGAUGAAGAGAGCUCUGUUGUUGCCGAGAUCUCCAAUUUGUCCAUUGAUGAUGCAGCCUCUGAUACUACAGUUUCGACUCACGAAAGCAAUGAUAUACAGUGAUAUGUUACGUUUAAAUGUAAGUACAAAAAAUGGAAAGAGAGAAAGUAUACAUGAAUUGGAAAAAAAAAUAUUAUAUAUUAUUAUAAUUAUUACGAGUAGAAGAUAGAAGUCAUAGAACAAAGGGCAAAAAAAAGAAAGAAUAGUUGAUGCGUACAUGAAGAGGGUUUAUUUAGACCUCGUACUGCUUUUUGGUUUAUUUAUAUAUUUUUUCUAAUCUUUUAUUACAAGAAAUUGAUUCUUUAA